AUUAGUUUGAAUAAGAUAUUGGAAAUGGAGCAAAUUGGAGUAGAGAUAAAUAUUGCAGAUUUUGAAUUCUUUGAAGAAGGAGAUGCCUAUAAAUCACAACCUGUCAAUAAGUCAGAGAUAGGGUGUUAUAUACAUUGAAAUGGCAGAUUACUAGACAUGCUCACCAUCUCUGAGCAAGAGCAGACUAUGUGUAUAAAAUUUACAGAUGUUUCUCAAAUACUUCAAGUUAUAAUUAAAUAAUUUGAGUAAUGAAGAAAUCAAAUAUGGCUCAAUCUCACUUGAGGCUGGAUUACUAAUGCGAAGCGUUACUCCAGAAGCAAAAAGAGUCUGGCUUACCGUUUUUGAUCACCCAGAUGAUGAUUUGUACGAUGGAGAUUUUACUUAUGAUGACUCUGAUGCUCCCAGAGUUCUUCUUCAGUUCCAGCAAGCUGGAAUGAACCCUUCUCAGACAACAAGCCAAUCGAUUACAUCUUAUGAAGAAGAGAGUAGUGGAUUUCAGAAAACUGUUACGUCUACAACAAAGACUACAACCAGCAUUAAUAGAGUAAUUACAAGUUCUGAAAGCAAGCAGCAGCCAAUCGAAACAGUUGUAACUGAAACAACUCAAAAGUAUAUCGAGGCAUCAAAUGCUAGAACUGCACCUUAUGAACCUCAGCUUCAGUUCGAAAUAGGCGGAGAGCCUCAUAACAGCAAUGGCUAUGAUACAAGACAUGUUGAAGAGGAACUUCAAACACUAAACCAAAAUUUGAUAGUUGACAUGAAUGAUAACCAGAAUCAAGCUUUUCAAGUAGACGAAGAUAGAGUUGAAGCUCUAAAUUUCUUAGAAAGAGCCCAUCUAGAACUCAAAGGAGAACAAACCCAAGAUGAGCAAGAGACUAAAAGACUUGAAUCUGCUAAGGAAGAGAUAACAACAGAGACAACAACAAAAACAGCUAAAAUAGAUUCUGAAAUCCAUGAUCUCAACACUAAAACGCAAGAUGUUGAAGAAAAAUUAGAUGAAGCCCAAAAAGAGAAAAAUAGUAAAGCCCAAGAAGGUCUCAAGCUCCAAGAUACCAUUGAUAUUGAAGAGGAUCUGAAUGAAAAGGGACUCUCGCAAGAAACAAAGGAUCUAAGAGAUCAAAAUUGAGCCCUUCAGGGUCAAUUUCAACAGUCAGCUUCAACUCUAAUUAAUGAAAAAGAUGAGAGAUACCAGACAUUAAAGGCUCAUAAGCAGCUUUGUUAUGAAUAUGAUGACAUGAUUAAACAUUACUCCAGCAAGUUAUUCCAAGCUGAAGAGUCAAGAAAGAUUCAUAUGGAUCACAAAAAUGAGGUUCUACAUAAAGUAAAGACACUUGAAAACACAGGAGAGUUCUUAGACCAAAAGAUACAAAUCAGUGAAAUAGACCUCGAGGCACUCAAAACUGAACUUGAGUUAUGAAGAAAUGAUUACUCAUUUGAUAAAACUGUUCUCAAUGAGCAUAUUCAAGAGUUACGUGAGUCUAUUCAAGAACAAGAUGUAGAAAUCGCUGCACUUAGAGAUAGACUCAAUGAUGUUGAAAGCCACAAGAAAGAUCUUGAUGUUACAAUAGAGAAGCAAAAACUUGACUUGGGAGCAUAUGAAACAGAGAUGAAAGAAAUUGAAGCUCUUGGCUAUGACAACCAAGUAAUUGAACUACAGGGUAAAUUGAAAUCAGUCGAAACUCAAAGAAGGCAACAUCAAAAUGAUCUUGAGAAAGCCCAGACAAAUCUUUCAGCCAAAAUGACCUUAUUUGAGGGUCUUGAAGGCAGAAGAAAGAGAGAGAAAGAAGAUAAUGCUCAAAGAAUUGAGAGUGAACUCAUAAAAAUUGCAGAUCUCCAGCUAACAAUUAAUGAUAUUCUUAGAUCUCUCGAUGAACUUAACAGUAAGUUAGAAAGUGAUGGUAAUAAAGAAUUGGUUGGAGCAGCACUUGAGAACGAAAAGGAUUCCCUGAAUUUAAAACUACAAUGGGCACUAGAGGAGAGAGAUAAUAGUAGAAAUGAUAUUAAAGAAGCAAUUGAAAUGUUCAGAGCUAAACAGUCAGAAAUGGCUGAACAAGAGAAGUACAUUCAAGUCUUGAGGGAGGAUAUCAAAGAAGUCACCAUUCUAAUUCGAGAGAAGAAGACUAUCAUAACUGAGUUAGAAUUAGAAAUUGAGAAGUGAGAUGAAAGAAUUGAAUUCUUAGUAACUUGAAUCAGAGAGCUCGACACUGAAAUUCAUGAACUUACUAUCAUUUUGCACCAGAGAGAUGAUAGAUUAAGAGAGCUCAAUGAAAUUGUGGGUAGACCUCAACCAGUAGAUAUUCAUUAUAAAGCAGUAAAAGGAGACAAAGUCGAUGAAAUGCUUGCUAUGUAUCUUGAAGGCUGCCCAGUUCCAGUUAAAAGAUUAGGAGGAGGAUUCUACAUAUUCGGUACUAGGAAGAUCUAUGCUAAAAUUAUGAACGGCAAGCUAGUAGUGAGAGUUGGAGGAGGAUACAUGUUUAUCUCUGAAUUUAUCGCGACUUAUUCAGAGCCGGAGAUCGCCAAACUCACAAAGAUUGCUUCUAAUCUUGGAGUUGAAUCAAUCUGGGAUCUUGAUUUAGAAGAAUUAUUCCUAAAUAAAGGAGGAGCAAGUCCAAAGACUUCUGGACUUGAUAAAUCUCCUAGAGGAGGAUUUGGGUCAGCUUCGUUUAAAAAAUCAAAGAAGGGAAAAACAGCUAUAAAUGGAACUAAGAGACCAAAGACAUUCAAAGGUGGCUUCUAA